GGGCGCGUGGCCCGGGGUCCCGGGGGCAACGUGGGCGGGGGGCCCCGCCCUGGCCCGCCCUGGUCCCCAGAACGUUCCCAUCACUGCUUCUCCCGCCGAGCCCGCGCCAGGGGCCCCCCAGUGACUGCUCCCCCAAAAGACUACUCCAGAUAUCUCCCCAUUAAUGCCCCCAUGUAGGACAGCUGCCAGAGCGCCCUCAUUCGUGGCGAUGCCCCCAACUGCUGCCAGGGCCCCCCACUGAGGCUUUCUCAUAGGAUCUCUUCUACAUACCCCCCCCACCCCGUCAUUGCUUCCUCCAGGACAGCCCCCAAAAUGCCACCGGCAUUGCCCGUCCCCAUGCAGGGCAGCUGCCCGUGAACCCUCCCUUUAGUAUCCCCUGUAGGUUGCCUCCAAAGAGUGUGGCAUUAGUGCUUUGCGGCAGAUCUGUCUCCCAUUAUUUCUGUCUACACACAACAGCCCCCAAAGCUCCUAGCCAGCGCCCCCCCCCCCAAAACGCCCCCUUCAUUAGUGUAAAAAUACUUUGCAUUCUGGUCAGUGGCCAAGAAUGCCUUCUUUCCUUCUCCAGUUCCCCCCCAGUAAUUCCCCUUGAGAAUAAUCCUUCCAAUCACCGACACCCCUCACCCGCCCCCCCCAUAAACAGCUCCGUGUAGAGUUGUGCUCUCACACCCACAUCCUCUCCCCCUUUAGGUAGAAAUAGCUGCCAGUUUAGCCCCAGGCUCCCAUGAAACACUCUCACCCCACCCUCCUCCGGGUCAGCUCCUGUCUGCCGUGUUCCCACAGAGCAGUGCCCUACGUGAUGCUGUCUUCCCCUGCCCCUGGCAGCUCUCAUCCUGACCUUCCACUUCUCACUCCCUUCUCCUGGACUCCCUGAGGAAGACUCCCAGCUCCACUAGGGCAUGACUUCUUUUUUCCCUAGACAUUCAUUCAUUCGCUCUUUACAGAAUGAAUAUUCACUGUUCUAGGUCUAGGACGUACAUCCAUGAAAGAGAGAGACACACAGUUUUUGUUUUGUGGGUCUUUACAGUCUAGUUGAGGAGACAGAUCAAAAGCAAGCAAACAAACAAGACCAAUGCUGUUUUCUGGGUUUUCUGAGUCUUAUGAGCUACUUCAGAGGUGAAACCUGAAUUGGCAGAGGCAACUUCGCCAUGUAAAGAUGUGGGUGAACUGUUCCAGGCAUCCAGGCAGAGGAAGAGCACGUGCAAAGGCCCUGAGGUGGCCGUGAUCGUGAUGAUCAGAGGGGUGGCAGGGGAGGCCAGUGAGGUUGGAGCAGAGGAAUUGAAGGGAAGAAUGAGGGGAGAGAAGGUUUGAACUCAUAGGGCCUUAGAAGUGAGGGCAUUGUGAUCAGUCACCUGGCCUUUGUCACCUCUACAGAGCCCAGAAUGUUCUACAUUUGUUCAUUCUUUCCUUUGUUCAACAACUGUUUAAUGAACACCUAUACACACUGGGGAUGCAGCAGAGAACAAAACAGACAAAAUCCCCUGUCUUGGUGGAGUGUAUAUGCCAGUUCAUGGGGCACAAAAUUAAAAAGCAAACUACAAAUGUUUGUGUGAAGAAAAUACAGUAGGAUAAGGGCAUAGAGUUACAGGGGCUGUGGUGUCAGAGGGCAUGGCAGGAAGGCCUCUUUCAAGAGAUUCCUGUGAUCCUCUUGUCACCCACCCCCAGAAAGCCACACACCAGAAAGUUACACCUGUGUGUAAACUCCUCUCUUGGACAGCUGUGGCCCACGAGGGGCUGCCUUACUGCUCCCCUCCCCCGAGAGUGAAAUGGUUACAAGGAUGAGCCCUGGAUCCCACCAGCCGUCGUAUCUCUGAGCAAACUAUUCCCUAUUUCCCAGGCUUCAUUCAUUCACUUAUUUAACAAAUACUUGAGACAGGCCCUGUUCUAGGUCCUGGGGAUAGAGCAGUGAACAAAACAGGUACAAAAUCUUGACUGCUUGGACCCCGCCUCCUAGAGUGGGAGCCCAACAGCAAGAAGACAGACAAACAGACCAUAUGGUUUGUCAGAUCAUGCUGACAGGAAAGGAGAGAAAGGAAGGAGGCUGGGGUGAGCAGGAAUGUUGGUUUGAGUGACAGGUUACAGUGGUCUUGGAGCACCUCACUGAGAAGACAGCAUCUGAGCAAAGACGUGGAGGAGGUGAGGGAGCGAGAGCCUUCCAGGCAGAAGCAACAGCCAGUGCAAAGGCCCUGGGGCAGGAAUAGAGCUGGCACGUUGGUGGAGCAGCCAGGAAGCUGCUGGAGCUGUGGAGGUCAUCUCUGACGCGCUUUAAGAUGGUGUCACUGAGGGUUUUGAGUGGAGGAGUGACAGUGACAUGGUUUGGCCUUAGUCCUCCUGUCUACUAAAUGUGAACAGUAGUAAUGCUUACCUCAUGAGUCUGUUGUGAGGUCUGCUUGAGACAAGCCACAUAAGACACCUAGUGCGGUGCUUGUUAGCAUUCAGUAAAUGCCAGUCGCUAGUCCUGGGGCUGAGUGCCAGGGAAGUGGAUGGGGCAAAGUAUCUUUCCAGUAUAAGGUGGAGAGAGGGCUUUCCUUUAUUUUGGAGAGAGAAAUACGCAAAGACAGCAUGGGAAUUCCCUGGCGGUCCAGUGGUUAGGACUCCACUGCUGUGGGCCCGGGUUCGAUCCCUGGCUGGAGCUAAGAUCCCACAAGCCACGCAGUGCGUCCAAAAAAGGAAAGAUAGGAUGUUGUAAGGGUAACAGCGCGUACUCUGGAACCCCACUGCUUGCCUUCAACUCCUGGCCUUGCCACUUGUUAGUGGUAUGACUUUAGGAGAUUAAUUGACCUCUCUGGCCUUCAGUCUCUUCCUCUGUAAAAUGGGGUUAAUAAUCCUAACCAUCUUCUAGGGUUAUUGGGAAGAUUCAUUGAGUCGACACAUGUAAAGGAUCUAGGAGGGUACUGGACAUGUAAAAAGCACUUGGUUCAGUGUUACAUGUUACUAUAUGUUACUGCUAUUGUUAUUACAGACAUAGAGUUUCAUCACAAGGCAGCUUUGUUGUACCAGAAUGGCCCACAGGUCCUGGCAUCAGAGAGACCUGGAAUCUAAUACUUGCUUUCCCCUCCACUGGCCACAUGACCUUAGGGAAAUGACCCCCACUUCUCCUCAGUUUCCCUACGUAUAAAAUGGGUCCAGUAAUGGUACAGCACUAUUAUGAGGCAUCAAGGUGAUGGUACAUGUGAAACUGGUCAAACAAUAAACACGAGUUGUCAUGAUUGUGAUUGCGGUUGCUGUGGGACUCCGGCCCCUUGGGAGGGGUUCCCCCCAUUGCACCACUCUGUGCAUGAAAUCUAUGGCACGUCUCCCCUUAGAAAGAUAGCAGUUUGAGGCUUGGGUCCCCUGAGAAAGGAAAUGUCUCUCAUUUACCAUUGGAAAUAGUUGUGAGCCUGAGCAGUUGUGUCCCCCAGUAACACCCACUGUGCCUCUCCCAGCAGCAGUCCUUCAGCAUCUGCCCACCUGCCCUUGGGGCCCUCUUCGUAACCUCACUUCCACCAGAAUUCAUUCUCCUGGGAACACCCUGCCAAUAUUAGCUCCAUCUCCACUAAAUGUCCCCCUUCCUCCCUCAGGUAGUUCUGGUCAGCAUAGUCUCAUCCCGUCACUCAUUCAACAAAUAUGUAUCAGUAGACACUUACAGCUAUAAAUUUAUCUCUGAGCACAGCUUUAGCUGCAUCGCCUGUUUUGGUAUUUUGCUUUUCCAUUUCUUGUUCAUCUAAUUUUCCUUGUGAUUUCAUUGUAGACCCCCUGGUGAUUUGGGAGGGCGCUGUUUAAUUCCCACAUUUCAGCAAAUAUUUAUCAAGUACCCACACUGUGCCAGGUGCUGUGCUAGGUGCUAGGGGCCCAGUGGUGAACAAGACAGGCCAAGUCUUCACUGUCUUAGGUGAGGAGGCCAGACAGUAAAUACACAGCAAAGGAAAUAUAUGCAAUAAGUUGGUGGCAAUGACUGUGGUGAAAAAAAUGCAGCAGGAUGAGGGGCUGGUGAGUGGUGGGGUUAGAGGUAUUCCCUCUCUUGGAGAUAACAUCUGAGCAGAGACCUGAAGGAGGCACGGGAGGGAGCCUUGAGGUCUGGGGAAGAAUGUUCCAGGCAAGAGGGAACGGCCUCACCACAUCACUUCUCCAUCUGUUCAGGAUGGGUCCCCCAUCUCCCACCCGCCCAGGAUGGAGGCCAACGCAGCGGGCAGCGGCGCCGGGGGCGGCGGGAGCAGCGGCCUAGGGGGCGAGGACGGGGUUCACUUCCAGAGCUACCCCUUCGACUUCCUGGAGUUCCUCAACCACCAGCGCUUUGAGCCCAUGGAACUGUACGGGGAGCACGCCAAGGCAGUGGCGGCGCUGCCCUGCGCCCCCGGGCCCCCGCCGCAGCCGCCGCCCCAGCCGCCACCCCCGCAGUACGACUACCCGCCCCAGUCCACCUUCAAACCCAAGGCCGAGGUGCCCUCCUCAUCCUCGUCGUCCUCGUCGUCCUCUUCGUCGUCGUCCUCCCAAGCCAAGAAGCCCGACCCGCCCCUGCCGCCCGCCUUCGGGGCGCCCCCUCCUCCGCUCUUCGAUGCCGCCUUCCCGGCCCCGCAGUGGGGCAUCGUCGACCUCUCGGGACACCAGCACCUGUUCGGGAACCUGAAGCGCGGAGGGCCGGCAACCGGGCCGGGGGCGACGCCGGGGCUAGCUGCCCCCACGGGGACGCCCGGGCCGCUCCCCGCGCCCUCGCAGACGCCGCCGGGCCCCACCGCGGGGGCGGCCUGCGAUCCAGCCAAGGACGACAAGGGCUACUUCCGGAGGCUGAAGUACCUGAUGGAGCGGCGCUUCCCCUGCGGCGUGUGCCAGAAGUCCUUCAAGCAGUCCUCGCACCUGGUCCAGCACAUGCUGGUGCACUCGGGGGAGAGGCCAUACGAGUGCGGCGUCUGCGGCCGCACCUACAACCACGUCUCCAGCCUCAUCCGCCACCGCCGCUGCCACAAGGACGUGCCGCCGGCCGCGGGGGGCCCGCAGCAGCCAGGCGCCCCACUCCCACCGCUGGGCCUGCCCGCGCCCGCCGCCGCCCCCACCUCGGCGUCCUCCGGACACCCGGCCACGCCCGCCGCCCCCGCCGACGGCAACGCGACCCCCGCCGCCCCUGCGGGUCUGGGGGUACCCCCUCCGGCGGCGGCGGCGACAGGGGGCGGCGACGGCCCGUUCGCCUGCACGCUCUGCUGGAAGGUGUUCAAGAAGCCCAGCCACCUGCACCAGCACCAGAUCAUCCACACGGGCGAGAAGCCCUUCUCGUGCUCCGUGUGCAGCAAGAGCUUCAACCGCAGGGAGAGCCUCAAGCGGCACGUGAAGACGCACUCCGCCGACCUGCUGCGCCUGCCCUGCGGCAUCUGCGGGAAGGCCUUCCGCGACGCUGCUUACCUGCUCAAGCACCAGGCGGCCCACGCGGGCGCGGGCGCGGCGGGGCCGAGGCCCGUGUACCCCUGCGACCUGUGCGGCAAGUCCUACUCGGCGCCCCAGAGCCUGCUGCGGCACAAGGCUGCCCACGCCCCGCCCGCGGCCCCCGACGCGCCCAAGGACGCGACGGCCUCUGUCCCGCAGCCCCCGCCCACCUUCCCCUCGGGACCCUACCUCCUACCCCCCGACCCCCCGGCCACAGACAGCGAGAAGGCCGCGGCGGCCGCGGCGGCGGUGGUGUACGGCGCCGUGCCCGUCCCGCUCCUGGGCGCUCACCCGCUGCUGCUCGGCGGGGCCGGUACCAGCGGGGCUGGAGCCUCGGGCGCCAGCGUCCCCGGCAAGACGUUCUGCUGCGGCAUCUGCGGGCGCGGCUUCGGGCGCCGCGAGACGCUGAAGCGCCACGAGCGCAUCCACACGGGCGAGAAGCCACACCAGUGCCCGGUGUGCGGGAAGCGCUUCCGCGAGUCCUUCCACUUGAGCAAGCACCACGUGGUGCACACCCGCGAGCGGCCCUACAAGUGCGAGCUGUGCGGCAAGGUCUUCGGCUACCCGCAGAGCCUCACCCGCCACCGCCAGGUGCACCGGCUCCAGCUGCCCUGCGCCCUGGCCGGGGCCGCUGGCCUCCCCGCCAGCCAGGGCGCGACGGGGUCCUGUGGCCCGGGCGCUUCGGCCACGUCCGGGGGCGCCGCCGAUGGACUGAGCUAUGCCUGCUCGGACUGCGGCGAGCACUUCCCGGACCUCUUCCACGUCAUGAGCCACAAGGAGGCGCACAUGGCGGAGAAGCCGUACGGCUGCGACGCCUGCGGCAAGACGUUCGGCUUCAUUGAAAACCUUAUGUGGCACAAGCUGGUCCACCAGGCUGCUCCCGAGCGCCUGCUCCCGCCCGCGCCCGGCGGCCCCCAGCCCUCGGAUGGCUCCAGCAGCACCGAUGCGGCCAACGUGCUGGACAACGGGCUGGCCGGGGAGGUGGGGGCGGCCGUGGCGGCGCUGGCAGGGGUGUCUGGGGGUGACGAUGCGAGUGGGGCGGCGGUGGCCGGGGGCGGCGGGGCUGCUGGUGCGGGCCCCGAGCGCUUCAGUUGUGCCACGUGCGGCCAGAGCUUCAAGCACUUCCUGGGCCUCGUGACUCACAAGUACGUGCACCUGGUGCGGCGGACCCUGGGCUGCGGCCUCUGCGGCCAGAGCUUCGCGGGUGCCUACGACCUGCUCCUGCAUCGCCGCAGCCACCGGCAGAAGCGGGGCUUCCGCUGCCCGGUGUGCGGCAAGCGCUUCUGGGAGGCGGCCCUGCUGAUGCGCCACCAGCGCUGCCACACGGAGCAACGGCCCUACCGGUGCGGCGUGUGUGGCCGAGGCUUCCUGCGCUCCUGGUACCUGCGGCAGCACCGCGUGGUGCAUACGGGCGAGCGGGCCUUCAAGUGCGGCGUGUGCGCCAAGCGCUUCGCGCAGUCGUCCAGCCUGGCGGAGCAUCGGCGGCUGCACGCGGUGGCCCGGCCCCAGCGCUGCGGCGCCUGCGGCAAGACCUUCCGCUACCGCUCCAACCUGCUGGAGCACCAGCGGCUGCACCUGGGCGAGCGCGCCUACCGCUGCGAGCACUGCGGCAAGGGCUUCUUCUACCUGAGCUCCGUGCUGCGCCACCAGCGCGCACACGAGCCGCCGCGGCCCGAGCUCCGCUGUCCCGCCUGCCUCAAGGCCUUCAAGGAUCCUGGCUACUUCCGUAAGCACCUGGCGGCUCACCAGGGCGGCCGGCCCUUCCGCUGCUCCUCCUGCGGUGAGGGUUUCGCCAACACCUAUGGCCUCAAGAAACACCGCCUGGCCCACAAGGCCGAGGGCCUCGGGGGGCCUGGAGCAGGGACGGGCACCUUGCCCGGGAAGGAUGCCUGACCAGGGCGGGGGGGUGCUUCCCAUCUGCCACUCCAAUCAGGUGUCCUUUUCCGGACUCGCCCCUUCGGGAGGCUGAUCGGACUCCUUUCCCUCCUCUCUUUGUCCCAUCCAUCCUUCGGAACUUCAGACAGACUAGCCUCCUUCAAGGCCCAUGUCAUGCAAACUCAAGACUGAACCACUCCCAUCUGGACCUCUCUGGCCCCCUUCUCCUCCUAUCAGACGCUGAACUUGAUCCUCCGUCCAACCCCGUUUUGUAACCCUCAUCAGUCCCCUGCCCCAGCAGCUGUUCAGUCCCCCAAUCAGCUUGGUGGAGAUGGGCCUGAACAGCCCCUCCCCCUUCCUUUGGAAUCUGGCCGGACAGUGGAGUACAAGCAGUUUGGGAGGGCACAGGGGGGACUGGGCGCUCUUGGUUUGUGGGGGUGGGGGGCGGGUGGCAGACGCGGCUUGUACAGAGCGGAGAAUAAUAAAUCUUAUCAACAGGG